AAGUGAAAGUGCCAAAGUGGCAGCUACACAUUUGGAUGAAAGGUUUGCGGCGUUAUCACAUACCACUUCAAAAGUUAGGAGAUGCAUAUUAUUUUCCUGUGGCUCAGUUCAUUAUCAAAUAGACUUUACAGAGACUCCUUUAUUUAAACAUUGGAAUAGCAGGCUCCAGUGUCAUGCGGCUGCGUCUCCUUUCCCUCCUUUUUAUCAUCAAAGUGUGUCGACUCAAUACUGUCAGUCGAGACUUCUGCCCACCCCUGCCUCAGUGGAAGCUCACCAAGCCCCUGAACAAGUGGGAUAAUUAUCAAGAAAACUACUUCGUACACUACCAGUGUGUGGAUGGCUAUGUGAGGAUGGCGGGGACCUCCAGUCGCAUCAGGUGCAAACGAAUUGAUCAGGUUCUUCAGUGGGAAGGCCCAACACUGAUAUGCAUACCCUACCCAUCUAUUCCAACUACGAUAGAACCUUCAACAACUCACAAGAGAACUCCAUCUCCCACAGUGCACCUCUCAGUGCCCACAGAGAGAAUUAGCCCAAGACCAACCACUCCCAGUUCACUUUUAUCUCCAAUACUGCAGAACCAAGAGGUCAUUACUACUGUUACAGUGACAACCACCAUCAUCGAUGACCUUACAUCAGUGCCAGUGGAUAAGUCCAGUGCGGUGACUUCUGUCUUCAGAACCCCAGCCUCCAAUGAGGAUCCAGUUGGCGGUGGAAGCACUGAGAAGAGUUCUGCUACAGCCAUAUAUGCGGGUGUAGGUGGGGUGGUAGUAACUGCAUUGCUGGUUGCAGCGUUUGGAGUGCUAAUGUUUGGGAGAAGGAAAUGGAUGCAGCGGCUUGAUCUGUCGCCAACACCAGACGAAAUAGUGAAAAUUAAUGUUGUGACAUGAGCCACACUCCUUAGUGCCCUGACUGACAACCAGCAGCCGCUUAGAAAAGGCAAAAUUGCAUCAGUCUGAGGGUGGGGGAACAAUGACCUUGGAUUGGACAAGAGGUGGACCAAAAAUGUGUGGCCCAGACCUCGUUGUCCUCGUGUGGAAAAUGAAAAUACCUAAAGCACCACCCAAAUGGAUUAAUUUAAGACAUAUUGAUUUAUUUCAUUUAUUAAUUAAUAUACAUAAACUUUUUUGAGGAUAGAUUCUAAAUUAAUAUGGAAGCAUAUUGGUUAUAUUAAAAAACAAUUAACUACAGUGCAUUCGGAAAGUAUGCAGACCCCUUGACUUUUUCCACAUUUUGUUACAGCCUUAUUCUAAAAAUGUAUUCAAAAAAUUCCCUUAUCAAACAUAAUGACAAAGCAAAAACAGAUUUUAAGACAUUUUUGCAAAUGCAUUACCAAUAAAGAACUGAAAUAUCAAAUUUACAUAAGUAUUCAGACCCUUUACUCAGUACUUUGUUGAAGCACCUUUGACCUCGAUUACAGCCUUGAGUCUUCUUGGGUAUGACGCUACAACCUUGGCACAACUGUAUUUGGGGAGUUUCUCCCAUUCUUCUCUGCAGAUCCUCUCAAGCUCUGUCAGGUUGGAUGGGGAGCGUUGCGACACAGCUAUUUUCAGGUCUCCAGAGAUGUUCGAUCGGGUUCAAGUCCGGGCUUUGGCUGGGCCACUCAAGGAUAUUCAGAGACUUGUCCCAAAGCCACUCCUGCGUUGUCUUGGUUGUGCGCUUAGGGUCGUUGUCCUAUUAGAAGGUAAACCUUCGCCCCAGUCUGAGGUCCUGGAUGCUCUGGUGCAGGUUUUCAUCAAGACUCUCUCUGUACUUUGCUCUGUUCAUCUUUCCCUCAAUCCUAACUAGUGUACCAGUCUCUGCCACUGAAAAACAUCCCCACAGCAUGAUGCUGCCACCACCAUGCUUCACAGUAGGAAUGGGAUUGGCCAGGUGAUGAGCGGUACCUGGUUUCCUCCAAAUGUGACGCUUGGCAUUCAGGCCAAAGAGUUCAAUCUUGGUUUCAUCAGACCAGGGAAUCUUGUUUCUCAUGGUCUGAGAGUCCUUUAGGUGCCCUUUGGCAAAUUCCAAGCAGGCUGUCAUGUGCCUAUACUGAGGAGUAGCUUCCGUCUGACGACUCUACCAUAAAGGCCUGAUUGGUGGAGUGCUGCAGAGAUGGUUGUCCUGGAAGUUUCUCCCAUCUCCAUAGAGGAACUCUAGAGCUCUGUCAAAGUGACCAUCGGGUUCUUGGUCACCUCCCUGACCAAGGCCCUUCUCCCGAUUGCUCAGUUUGGCCGGGCGACCACCUCUAGGAAGAGUCUUGGUGGUUCCAAACUUCUUCCAUUUAAGAAUGAUGAGGCCACUGUGUUCUUGGGGACCUUCAAUGCUGCAGACGUUUUUUGAUACACUUCCCCAGAUCUGAGCCUCGACACAAUCCUGUCUCUGAGCUCUACGGACAAUUACUUUGACCUCAUGGCUUGGUUUUUGCUCUGACAUGCACUGUCAACCGUGGGACCUUAUAUAGACAGGUGUGUUCCUUUUACAAUUCAUGUCCUAUCAAUUGAAUGUACCACAGGGGGACUCCAAUCAAGUUGUAGAAACAGCUCAAGGAUGAAAAAUGGAAACAGGAUGCACCUGAGCUCAAUUUCGAGUCUCAUAGCAAAGGGUCUGAAUACUUCGGUAAAAUUAGGUAUUUAUGUUUUUUAUAAAUUUGCAAAAAUGUCUAAACCUGUUUUUUUCUUUGUCAUUAUGGGGUAUUGUGUAGAUUGAUGAGGGGAAAGAAUUGUUUAAUCCAUUUUAGAAUAAGUCUGUAACCUAAAUCAAAAAAUGUGGAAUAAGUGAAGUGAAUAAUUUCCGAAUGCACUGUAUAACUUGGGUUACUAUACAGAUCUAACAAUUGUUUUACUGUAUCCAUUACAAAGACCUUAGUAACCCAACUGCUGCUUUCUGUCCAUGAUAAUGGUGACAUCUAUCAAAACACAACCAAGACCUUACUUUGUGAAUUAAAUGUUAGUAAAUUAAUUAGAUGUUAUUAUAAGACACAACAUUGCACCGUGUAUGAAUCACUAAAUUGUCUGUCACUCCCAAACAGAAGACAUCUGCAUUGGUACCAAUUUAUUUUUAAAUGUAUUAACUUAUAUUUCCUUGUAUAUACAUUACCAGCCAAAUAUUUUCACACCUACUCAUUCCAGGGUUUCUUUCUUUUUACUAUAUUGUAGAAUAAUAGUGAAGACAUCAAAACUAUGAAAUAACACAUGGAAUCAUGUAGUAACCAAAAAAAGUGUUAAUCAAAUCAAAAUAUAUUUUAUAUUUGAGAUUCUUAAAAGUAGCUACCCUUUGCCUUGAUGACAGCUUAUCACACAAAAGUGUUAAUCAAAUCAAAAUAUAUUUUAUAUUUGAGAUUCUGAAAAGUAGCUACCCUUUGCCUUGAUGACAGCUUAUCACACAAAAGUGUUAAUCAAAUCAAAAUAUAUUUUAUAUUUGAGAUUCUGAAAAGUAGCUACCCUUUGCCUUGAUGACACUCUUGGCAUUCUCUCAACCAGCUUCAUGAAGUAGUCACCUGGAAUGCAUUUCAAUUAACAGGUUUACCUUGUUAAGUUACUUUGUGGAAUUUAUUUCCUUCUUAAUCUGUCUGAGACAAUCCAUUCUGUUGUGACAUGGUAGGGUUGUUUAACUGGACUUUUUUAUCUUUGAGAUACUGUGUAUCUUUCAGAUACAAAAGGCCCAACUGGCUGGAAUAAUUUACCUGUAGAAAUCAGGGCAUUAAAAUUACAGUGAAUUUAAGAAAGCCCUUUUUCAAAUGUUAAGAACAAACUGCUAAUAAACAAAUAUGGUCACAUAAUGUUAGUUUUUUAUUUGUAUUAUGUAAGUUGAGUGUUUUAUUAUUAAACAGUAGUUGCCGUAUUAUAGUUGCUUCGUUUUUUAAUUUGGACACUUAAUAAGAUUUGUGGUUAUAUCCAUGUACGUGCAAAUGUGAGAAAAUUACAGUUCGGGCUAUAUUUGUGUACAGUGCGAAGAGGUUGAAAUUGUAAAAUCGGGAAGAUUGCACCUUUCCCUAAUAAACAUUUAGUGGUGCCAGUGGCUUCCUGCUUGUUUGUACAGUGUAUUCUUGCACAAAUAUGAUCACACUGGAACAUACCAGACAACCUUGAUUUAAUGACAGGAGUUGGAAUGUGCGUGACGAUCUACAGUGGCAAGAAAAGGUAUGUGAACCUUUUCGAAAUAACUAGAUUUCUGCAUAAACUGGUGAUACAAUUUGAUCUGAUCUUCUAGGUCACAACAAGACAAACACAGUCUGCUUAAACUAAUGACACACAAAUAAUUAUACGUUUUUAUGUCUUUAUUGAACACACAGUGUAAACAUUCACAGUGCAGCUUGGAAAAAGUAUGUGAACCCUUGGAUUUAAUAACUGGUUGCCCCUCCUUUGGCAGCAAUAACCUCAACCAAACGUUUUCUGUAGUUGCGGAUCGGACCUGCACAACUGUCAGAAGGUUCCACAGUAACAGUUCCACAGUAGCGCUGUGGAACAUCCGGGUGCACUUUUGCAAACUUCACACAUGCAGCAAUGUUUUUUUCGACAGCAGAGGCUUCUUCUGUGGUGUCCUCCCAUGAACACCAUACUUGUUUAGUGUUUUACGUAUCGUAGACUCGUCAACAGAGAUGUUAGCAUGUUCCAGAGAUUUCUUUAAGUCUUUAGCUGACACUAGCAUUCUUCUUAACCUAAGUGAGCAUUCUGCGCUGUGCUCUUGCAGUCAUUUUUGCAGAGCGGCCAUUCCUAGGGAGAGUAGC